AGUGUGACAACUUCAGUGGACCAACAAGCAGCUAACACGACCCUUCAGAAGAUCGCUCAUCUGUCUCCUCUUUGUUCUCAUCCGAAGAUUUGUUUUCCCCCUUCUGAACCUCAAAUUCGCUCAGUGAACCAAGCUCGUCCUUUCGAACAAGAAGUGCUUCUAGCUUUACACCUCGAUCAUCACCUUCUACUAGGGAAGCAAAAUGGUUGGCGCUCGUAAUAUGUGUCGGAACAAGCAGAUGGGAGGCCUUGCGGUCCUUCUCGCGACGGAGAUCAUGAUGUCCGGGACCACGAUGGUCCGCGCUGUCUCUGUGCAGCACAAGGUGGCGGCUACGAAGACGACCAGCAAAGUUGGAAAGACGAAAAAAACGAAGACGCAGUAUCCUACAGAACAAAAGUAGACCCGCCAUACAAGAUGAAAAAUAUGAUUUGUGGUUGUGUUGCUGAGAGUAAGUGACUACUGCGGAGACGACCCACAGAGUAGAGACAAUUAUCAGACAUGCAGAAUACAGUUUGUAAUGCCUUGCUAGUUGUAGUUGGCAUGGCGACUAGAGAGGUGCCAAAAAACGUUGUUAAUAUGCUAAAAAGACCGCCGUUUAUCCAAUUUGUCUCUGUGACGCUAAAAUCCGAAACACGACUUGAAAUUCAUUCUAGUACUACGGCUGUGCUUUUCUGUAGGAUACGCAAGUGGGAAAGAAGAUGUCGGUGGAAAUGCACAAAAAGGAGAAGUGCGACGGUGGCGCGGCCGAGGACAGUGCCACUACUUCAUCCGCAAACACAACUUAUCCUAAGUGAAAACGUGGCCCCGCCCCAGAGGUGAUCUCAUGCAGAUUUGCAUCUAUCAGGAUCAGGAACAUUUGUAAAAAUGCGCAUCCCCAUGAGAGGCGUCCCUACUAGUUUUGUUUUGGCUUUUGUAAUGCUGUAAACAGGCUUUGUGACGCGGCUGUCCUUGCUAACCUGCAGCUGCACUACGCUAGCUACAGAUAAUCACGUAAUGCGAUGCAUGACUCCCAAUCCCAAACCUUCUGGAUGUCGAGGUGUGUUGCAAAGUUCUCAUCAUCUUCACUUAUGGGAUGGGGACGUUUUUGCACAGGAUCAAAAUGCGUCUGGUGUUUACGAGGACAAUAUCGAGGCGGCUCCUGCGAAACCCGACGGCGUCACUGUCACCUAUGACGUUGACGAAGAGUGGAAAUUCGUGCACCACUCCGUAUCGUACAAAAAACUGCUUCAGUGUGAAGAUUGUGAUGCUGCAAGAUUUGCAUCACAAGUUUGCUCUACAUGACAAAGAAAUAUUUUGCAUUGCGCGCCUCCUUAGGGAAAACACGCUUGAAGGUCGUCCAAUGUGUUGCAUGUGAAGAAAGACAACCAAGUCUGUCUCUGUGUAUCACUUUCUACAUCACACGUUUACAGUGAAACAGUUUUUUUUUUGCGAUACUCCGCGAAGCUGGUCCAUUUCAUGAUGGGAACCUUAUCCUACAGAAAAGCAAAGCACACCAAUACCAUUAUAUUAGGACGUAGUCUACUUUUAUUAUUAUUGUGCAAGUAUACAGAGAACCGGCUACUUCUGUCCUCUGUUCUUCAGGAUCUUCACAAUCUUAUUGCCACCUCUCUGAUUCCUUUUCUAAAUCAAUGCUUUAGUACAUUAAUAUGUCGGCAGAGGCUAAAUCAUAAUCCGUCUGUUGAACUGAUUCUGUCCUAAACCCAACUCCUCGUCAGCGAGAGCAAGAGCAGUGAGUAGAUGGUCACUACUUACUUCUAGUUCCACUUCUGUGAUUGUGAUUCCUUUUCCGCAUUUUUCACGUUUCAGACAGGCUUUCGGCUAUCUCCCGGAUCAGCACGUCAAGGUUUUUGAUUAUGUGCGCCAUAACUUCUAAGAUAAGGAGCAACAUGGUACGGGUGUGUUUUUCUUUGGGAUAGAGACCGAUCCUUUUUGACGACAGCACGUUGAAGCCGGAGUCGUCCAGCUUCGUCCAGGCGGGAGCGGGAGUUAUCGUGGGUAAUAAAAACUACGCACUCAUCCCAAACUUGUUUGCAUGCGCACGAGCACGACUUGUUGUACAUCUACAUACUGGUACGUGAUGACUUGUGUGGCACCCAGAAACGCAAGAGACGGUAGAAGUUUCGGGACUUGAUGUUGGCGUUGGUUUUUAUUACACAGGAUAUUAUUCUCCAUCUCCUCCGAGGCGGAAUCGGAGCCCGCGGUCGAAUUUGCGAAGCGUGUGGAAGCGCACUACACCAACGACAAAAUUUCGGUCGGUGCACAAGUUCUUCGCGAUGCCCUCGUCGCUGAGUUCACGAAUGACGACGUUCAGGCGGCAUCAGACGACGACAGCGAGCAAGAGCUGAAGAGCGAAAUCAUGAAGCUACAUGCUCCCCUCAUGGUCGGCGCGUUCUUCCACGCGAAAUUCCAGGAAGUGCACACCGUGGGCGUCGAAAAACUGGUCACGGAAAUUGCCUUGGCAGACAAAAGCGACGUGAUCAACGCUGGGGUCGACGCGGUUAAGACGUUUGUCCAUGGUGUGAAAGACGCCAUGCUCUUUUUCUUUGAGUUCAUGAGCUUGCCAUUGUUCACAGGCGACGAAACCACAAAUGUCGCCGAAACCCUAACCCUGUUUCAGCCGUUCAGAUUGUUUGUCGACGAAGUGAAACAAGCCACUCUCGGGUUUUCCGACGAAGUCGACACACUCACAACUGAUGUUGGCCUACUCAUGCAGGUGAUUUUCAAGGCGGCGGCGUUUGUCACACUCGCUACCGCCGCGCUCGUGACGCUACUGGUUACUCUCUACGACAACCUCGUCAAGAGCAUCCUCAUUCCUUUUUUUGCAAAACUGGUGGAAAUCUCGACCGUCGUUGCGGCUAACCGAACACCCAUGCAAAACGUCUUUUUCAACAUAUCGAAGUGAAAAGCGCCCCUACCCCAGAACGAAAGAGUGAUUGCAAAGCAAAGUUUUCCACAAGAGACUUGUUGUUGCUGCAUCUUGCUACAACUGCAUGAAUGUAUGCGCACUACAUUUUUUUUUUGUCGCAUAAAUGUUGCGAAGAAUUGCGAUCGUGAUAAUCGAAACGGGAUUUGUCAUGUAAAGCUGAGGGCGGCACUGCGUGCUUGCCGUUGCCUAAGCCUAGGCUUUCUCGCAUGAAGAAGCUGUCGAACAGAAGAGUUGCUUCCACCUCUCCUGCACCUACAAAAAGUUUCCGUCUGGAAGCUUGCCUGCCAUAUGUGCUGGGACCGCGGUCCUUGACGAAGGGCCAUCGCCAUGCUGCGAACCUCGAGCACCAGGAAAAACAGACUUCGCAACGCAAAUACUCCUUCAAUAGUAAUGCGCGGCCGGGGCACUUUCCAAUGUCAUAUGUCUACGCGACUGGCAAGUUUGCCACCGACAUGAGCGUCAUUUUUCUAAGCCACCAGGCUUUCAACGAGAAAAUCGACACGUGGGUGACCGCCGCGGUCGCUGAGGGCGGUGGAGUGGCGCCCACGCAAGCAGACUUCGACGCUGAGAAGGCUUCCGUCGUAUUCUUUGUAAAGACAUCCCGCACGAAGAAGAUGAAUCGUUACAAAACUCAAUUCCGUAAGCGCCUCCUGUAGCUGUAAUUGUAAGUAGGAGAUGACUUCGACUUGCAUAAUAAAUUUGUAUUCGGCUUAUCAUGAUGUAUGAUAAUUUUCUUGGGCAUAACACGUUUGAAAGACUUGCGCAUCAAAGAGAAACAAUAAAAGCGCUUUUUUACUUCGGAUGUUGUGACUAGCACAGAUGUGCCGUAGUGCGGACAUUUUUGGUUUUCAUAUGUGACGGAAGCGGCCGAGGCGAAAAUGAAAGAGGCAGCGGAAUAUGGAGGUCAAUGCGGUGUUAGACAUUUCUGCGUUCGUGCAUCAAUAAAGGCUGAAAUUUCUUGAAACCUAGCAACCCUUUUGGUAUCGAUGGUUUCCUGCCUCAUGAUACCGAGGUACUUGAAAAUAAAAGUACCGGAAGUGCCGGCUUCGCAUCUACUCCGGCGCGCAUCUUCACACUAUUCCUAUUGUAAUUGUCAACAUGACCAUAAUCCAAAAGGACGCACUUCGAAAGGAGUGGCUUGCGCUGGUCGACCACAUGCGCAUUGCGAAGAUCGAGAACAACAUCGAAAUAGAAAUUGCAACGCUUUGAAUUGUAACACCACAGCUGAGCGGGCCAUACGUACUCUGUCACCGCUGCCUCGUCCUUUCUGGAGGCGGUGGCUGCUGCUCCCGCCGUGGCUGAACCUCGGACAAAAACUCAAGCUGCCAGAGACGUUGUCAUUGCGGUUUGA